AAAAAGACUCUGUUAGCAUAUGAUUCUUCCAAAUGAGUCCUGAAGAGUAGAAGGUGCUUUGACCACCUGUCACCAUUUCUGUCACUAGCCGGCGGGAGUAUUUAGUACAACCCGGAAGUGGAAGGAUAUUACAGUAUCUAUAUGUGGUGGUAGCUCCUCAGAAAGAGUGCGCACAAGGCUUGGUAGUCAGUGUAAUUGUUCUAAAGUCUCCCAACUCCAACCAUAGCCUUGUAGUCUUGUCACUGGCUCCCCCACAAUUGCAGAGCCACAAUCAUAACAGUCCCGGCACCUCGAGAACUCGCCAGAAGCCAUUGCAACUCUCCCUCUCGCAGAAAAGCAUCCGUCGCACUCCGAUGACGUCUGUCACGUAAGGGCGUCUUCUUUCACGUCGUCAUGCUGAGAUUAACUGUGUCCUUGCCAGAGGGUAGCGAGCCGGCGUGGAAAAGCUUUGGGGUGGCAGUAUAGCAGCGACUUUCCUUCCCAAGUUAGGAGGGAGCAGACAGAGCCAUGAACGAAGAAGAAAUUGUACAAUAUUUCAAAUGUCAACUGCAAGAAGACACCAAUGUUGCCACUGCUGUUGCUGCAAUCAAAACCCUGCUAGAGUUUCUGAAGAGGGAUACAGGUGAAACCAUACAAGGUCUCAUUGGGAGUUUAAAAGAUGCCAUUGGCACCUUGUCUAAAGUGGAUUCAUCGGUUUCUGUUUCUUCUGGUGGGGAAUUGUUUUUGAGAUUCAUAACAUUUACUUCUGAAUUGGAGCAUUCUGAUUAUGACAAGUGCAAAAAAAUGAUGAGUGAAAGAGGAGAACUUUUCCUUAAGAGGAUCUCCAUGUCCAGGAACAAGAUCACAACACUUUGCUGUCCAUUUAUAAAAGAUGGAGCUAAAAUAUUAACACAUGCUUACUCUAAAGUGGUCCUGAAAGUCCUGGAAGAAGCUGCUGCAAGUAAGAAUUUUAGUGUCUACGUCACAGAAUCUCAGCCAGAUCUCUCAGGAAAAAUCAUGGCGGAGGCUUUAAGAAAUCGGAAUGUUCCAGUAACGCUGAUCCUGGAUGCUGCUGUUGGUUACAUAAUGGAGAAGGUGGAUCUGGUUAUCGUAGGGGCUGAAGGAGUAGUAGAGAGUGGUGGAAUCAUUAACAAGAUCGGAACAAAUCAAAUGGCGGUAUGUGCAAAGGCUCAAAAUAAGCCUUUUUAUGUUGUGGCAGAAAGUUUUAAGUUUGUUCGACUCUUCCCUCUCAACCAGCGAGAUGUUCCAGACAAGUUUAAGUACAAAGCAGACACACAGCAGCAGGACCUUCUGGAGGAGCAUCCAUGGAUUGACUACACCUCCCCCUCCCUGAUUACCAUGCUUUUUACAGACUUGGGGGUUCUAACCCCAUCUGCUAUUAGCGAUGAACUCAUCAAACUAUAUUUGUAAUUUUAUAAGCACUAUUAAACUACUAAAACACAA